AUGACUGCAACUUAUGGCAUGCUCAUGUCUUGUGUCUUUGAGGACCAUCUCUGUAUCAUGAACUUCUUGACGACCCUGAUUUACUCCAUGAACCAAUCUGAUGGACAUGGACUUGUGGAAAGCAAUCUCAUCUCUGACACCGAUACAUCAUUCACAGACAGGGGAGCAACGAUUCAGUCCCAGCAUUUAGCAUCUGGCAGAAUUACGAGGGGAAACAAGAUCCAGAUGUCCAUGGAGUACGACUUACAGCAAGCCGUGGUGAUGAUUCGCAAGUCAUCAACGCCUGUGGACGUCGCUGACUGCAGUCCAACUACCAUGACCUGCAAAGGUAACCAAAUCCCUGCCUCUGACACUUUGUCCACUCAAAACAGGAAGCAACGACCCAAUCGCCGGCGCUACGGACCAGCCUCGUACUCUACUGGACCCUCUUUGUACCGGCUGCAGAAAGAGAAGACACAAUCUUUGAUCACAAGUCCCAACAACGGUCUGGUGUCGCUGCCAUAUGAAACAAGAAGCAAGAAACAGCAUCGCCUGCUCCAUGCGCCCGCCGCCCUGUCCGGCUCCUAUGCAUGUCCAAUCACCACUAUUCACACUCGUGAUCUGGCUCAAGAUGUGCUGGAUCAAAGACGAAAACAUACUCCAUUUCUCCGCCUGCUGCAUAUCGAUCAACUGCAAUCUGCAAUGGUAACCUCCGGCAACGUUCCAGAGUCAUCGUUACAAGAUAUCAAGAGACGACUGCGAUCGCUGCUUCCUCCAACUCUACGCGGCCCGCCCCAAGAUACGCUCGACCACUCUCAUUUGCACUCUUUGGCUCAGGAUACGCUAGAUCAAAAGACAGUCUCUGCACACACAAAACAAAUGGCUCGACUUGUGAUACUUGGCCCACAAUUCGUUCAACCUAUGUGCCGUCCGGAAAGAGCAAGCGAGCGAGCGACCUUCACGACAGGAGCCAUCGACCAGUUCCUGUCCUCGCAGUCCUCGGCAACACUCUUGCAUCAUUGCCUCGAGAAGCAAGAAACAUUGUCGCAUCGCAUCGCUGCAAUACAAAGCGAUGAACAUCAUCGAUCGCUCCUUCCCUGA